UAGCUGGAGGUGGAACCACCAAUUGCCUCGCGCAUGCAUGCCUUUGGAACUGGCUCCCAAUUGUGGACACUGGUACAUUCACCAUCUGGAGAUUAGUGCUCCAGUUCGAGCCGAGACCUCGGGAGAGAGACAACCUCGUCGGGGGCCUCCAGUGAAGUCAUGCAGAACCACUAAGAAAUGAUGCCCAAACCAUGAUCUUCUUGAUUCUGUGGCUUGGCCAAGAACUGUGUCGUCUGGCUUCGCUGAUUUGGCGCGCCAUUUUGAGCGCCUUCCAAUCCAAACAAAAUGAGGAAAACGAUGACAACAUUGCUUUGGUGUGAGUUCGAUCGCUGACGAUGAGAUGCCUUCUCGUUGAGUGACAUUGGGAUUUGAAGGCGUGAUAUCGUUGGAUUUUGACCAUGACCACGAGUGCGGCGGCCUCGGACAAGACUGUGAACAAGGUGGCCUUGUGCUCGGCCAUUUUUGCGGGUGUGGCUUAUGUGGGAUAUUCCGUGGCCAGACAAGCGUUCAGUCGACGUUUAGUCAGGAAUCAGGGCGAGGCCCUGGAAUAUGAGCCCUCUCCAUACAGUCGCCGGGUUUACCUCCGACGCUUAUCGGGCUCAGAGGCUUCUUUGGGAACCGAGGCUCUCUUGGGGACCUUGGAAUCGGGUGCUAAUGUGUCUCACCCAGGUCGCCUUAUUCUCCGUCCGCUCUCCGUCCAAGAGAGAAUUCGAGAGCUCAAUGUGAGAGCUCGGCAUUUCGCCGAGACCAUUCUGGCGAUUCAACUCCACGACGAUCGGACUCGAAAAGCCUCUUUGGCAUGUAGUCGAUCCCUGCAGUCUUCCCCGACCCGAUCCCGUGGGAUUUUGAGCCCGAUAGACAUCACUCAUUUGGGGUGUGCCUCUCGUUGCGAUUCCAUUGAGAACCUCGCUCACAAUGGGAGUAACACUUGGUCGGCUUCGCUACCUCCAAUGCUCAAGAAGAGAUGGUCACGGAGAUCGUUGAAGUUUCGAAAUUCGGAUUCGGGCAUGUUUUCCACGCGCGAGGAGCAAGAUGAGAUUGAGGCCAAAGGCGAGAGGUUAUUAGAUGAAAGAGAAGCGGAAUUAAGUAAGAGACUUCAAGGCUUCGAGGAUGGAACUACAAAGAUCUUGACUCCUUACGAGGCAAAAAGUUUGGUGGCUCUCCUCCAUUCGAAAGAUGCCAACACCUUGGAAAAGGCUCUAGUUACGGUUUCCAAUAGUGCAGCCUUUACGACCAAUCAGGACCACCUCCGUGAGGCGGGUGCGAUUGUUCGACUGCAGCAUUUAUUAAGUCACCCGGAGGUGUGUGUUCAACGGGCGGCCUUGACGGCUGUGGGCAAUAUGGCGCUUAAUACGUCCAAUCAGAAGGAAAUGGGACAUAUGGUUCCUAUUCUACUACCAAUGAUUGAGGUCAUUGAAUGGAGAAGACCAGGACAGUCGCCGACCUUCUUGUCAGAUGGAGAGUUUGCUAUCUAUCCUGUUUUGCUCACACUCACGAAUAUCGCUGCGUUGUCCAACUGGCACAAGCAAUUUAAGGGAUCUCUCACAAGGCUGCUAGAUUUGACUCAAUCAGAGAAUGCCAAAAUCCGAAUGCAAUCCUUGCGACUCCUUGUGAAUAUCUCCACCAAUGAGGACAUGGUUCAGCAUCUUUUGGCAGCCAAGGCGCCAGAAUACGUUUGGAAUAUGUUGGACGAGGGUCAGGCCGAGGAUCAAUUACUCCGUGUGAUCACGCUCUUGGCCAACUUGGUUUGCACCGCUCAUAAGCAGAACCUGGACCCAACAUUGGAUCUACCCUUGGACGAUGAUAAGACCGCUGAGCCAGACUCCAUAAAGCAUGCGAACCAAGACAAAUCUUCUGAACCCCAAACUCUUAGCAGGUUCUCUCAUCUCUACGGCGACGAGAAUCGACUCGAUGUCCUCGAGCACUUGGAGUCUCUCAUGACCACUCAUCCCCACGAAGACAUCCGAGUCAAGGCCCGCAUGAUCCACAACGUCAUCAUGGCCAGCGAUAAACGCAACAAUGACGAGGGCGAUUGAAAAGCCUAUGCGCCUAGUUUGACCCGGGCCAAACGUCUAUUUCUAAUAGAAUGUCACUUGUUAACAAGUUCUCACCGUACUGAUUAUUUGCAUGCGUCAAGAUUAUUGAACUUGUCUUUGCUCCUUACGAUCUUGUCAAUCUCAGACUUGUCAUCAUGUUCCAUCUUGUAGUGCUUGAGUUCCAUUUUCGACGCUCUUACACAUUUGGAAUCUCACUUUCGCUCUGAAGUUCAGUGCAAAUUAUUUUACUAUCUGAUUUGUUACGAAUAAAGAAUUUCUCUGUCUCGGCCGAA